UGUGUGAGCAUGUCGUCGAGUGUUCGGCAAUUUGCUAGGGUUAAUUACAUUAAGUGUUAAUGGUGCUUUUCUAGCCUGGUAUACUUAUAGAGUAUCGGUUGGGACAAUGGUACCUUUAAUUCUUCUAUUCGUAUGCUCGGCAUUCGCCAGUGGUCCACCAGUUGCGACAAAUCCAGAUGACUGUAUUGCUAAUCUUGGAUAUCUAAAUGGUAUUGAUUUUGGAGAAGAUUGCUGUUCGUUUGUAGUAUGUGAUAACACAAGACUCAACAAAACAGGAUAUGUUGGUAAAUGCAUGGGAGGAACCGGUUGGAAUGAUGCUCUAAAAGUAUGUGACGAUAAGAAAUAUUUGGACAAUUGUGAUCCUGUCAAUGACUGUGACGUCCCUAGUAGAACAACUGCGCUAUGCUCUGCUCCACAACCAACAGGGACGACUUGUUGCCUUGGUCAACGACCUGGACGAGAUUUUCCCGGCUUCGAACCAGUGUUCACUAUUGGGUCCGAUGAGUUCCAUUAUAUACGAGGAAAUGAUAGGGGAGAGGGAGUGUGUCCAAAUGGCAUGAUAUUCAGCCUUGAUAGCUGUGCUUGCGAAGAAGUUCCCGGUGAACUUCUGCCACCAUGUGACAACCUUGGCGGUUAUUUCUUUGACAACCCCGAAGAUCCCUGCUGUUCUUACCUCCAGUGCUAUCCUAACAGAACAGCAUUUGAGGUGAUUGCCUGUAUGCCACCGAGUGUAUGGAAUUCUGUCAACAAGACCUGUGAUAUCAAACAGAAUGUGAUGGACUGCAUGAACGCAAUGUGUGGCCCUGAGAUGACUGAUCCACCAUGCGAUGACCCACCAAGCAUAGGGGAUUGCUGCCAGAGUGGAAACUACUUCGAGGGCUCAGAUGAUCCAAUCCAGUACCUGAUUGUUGAAGGUCCUGCCGCAUCGGAACGUCUCCAGUGCUGCCCACUUGAUAUGCAAGGCAACCAGCUAGAGUUUAACAGUGAUCCAGAUGUGUGCGCAUGUGAGCUUCCCGCUGACUUUUAGUGAUGUUGUCAAAAACAAAGAAAUAAAGUUUAAUUUAC